UCGCAAUGGCUAUUGGGCGGGACUGAGAGCGGUCGCGCAGGGGCUGCUGGGAGUUCGCAGACGCGCCAUUGACGUCACACUCUCGCGGUGUUUGGCUCUCGCUGUGUGGAGAGGAGGAAGCGGGAGGCUCCGGGGGGAGAGACCCGCACACACCGCUCCCCGGAUCCGGUAAGGCGGCCUGUGUACCGGAAGCCCGUGUGUGUGUGUGUAUCCGUGUGUGGGGCUGAGCCGCCGGGACCCGGAUGUGCGCUCUCGGCUUCUAACUGCCCGGAACUGGGGGUGGGGGAUCGGCACCGAGCUGUGUGUGAGUCCCCCGUCCGAUGUGAGAGGGAACCUGGGGGGGGAUACGUCUCUCCCCCAUACUCCCAUAUUAAUCCUUGUGUGUCACUGAGGGGCAUUACUGCGAUGAAGCUUCAUUGAGGAGGGACCAUGACUGAAAUCAGUGACCUCGACCGGCAGAUCGAGCAGCUGAGGCGCUGUGAGCUCAUCAAGGAGAGCGAAGUGAAAGCUCUUUGUGCCAAAGCGCGAGAGAUUCUGGUAGAAGAGAGUAACGUGCAACGAGUCGAUUCGCCUGUUACGGUCUGUGGGGAUAUCCAUGGGCAGUUCUACGAUCUCAAGGAGUUGUUCAGGGUGGGCGGCGACGUCCCCGAGACAAAUUACCUUUUCAUGGGUGACUUUGUGGAUCGUGGGUUUUACAGCGUUGAAACAUUCCUCCUUCUCUUAGCACUAAAGGUUCGUUACCCAGAUCGGAUCACCCUGAUACGCGGCAACCACGAGAGCCGGCAAAUCACACAAGUGUACGGUUUCUACGACGAGUGUCUGCGCAAAUACGGCUCGGUAACGGUGUGGCGCUACUGCACAGAGAUCUUUGACUACCUCAGUCUGUCUGCUAUCAUAGAUGGCAAGAUCUUUUGUGUACAUGGUGGGCUGUCACCCUCCAUUCAGACAUUGGAUCAGAUUAGAACUAUUGACCGCAAGCAAGAAGUGCCUCAUGAUGGACCCAUGUGUGACCUGCUCUGGAGUGACCCAGAAGAUACUACCGGAUGGGGGGUGAGCCCCAGGGGAGCUGGAUACCUUUUUGGCAGUGACGUAGUGGCACAAUUCAACGCAGCCAACAACAUUGAUAUGAUUUGCCGGGCUCACCAGCUUGUCAUGGAAGGAUACAAGUGGCACUUCAACGAGACUGUCUUAACUGUGUGGUCGGCACCAAACUACUGCUACAGGUGCGGGAAUGUCGCCGCCAUACUUGAGCUGGACGAACACCUACAGAAAGAAUUCAUCAUAUUUGAGGCUGCCCCCCAGGAGACGAGAGGUAUCCCCUCCAAGAAACCCGUCGCUGAUUACUUCCUGUGACCCGCCCAAUGAUGGCCUCUGCACCAUUUCCUCCUGAUUGUCUUUUUGAACUGCUCCCAGCACAACUCUCUCUCCUCCUCUCACCUCUGGCAACGGGACCAGUGCUGCUGUUUCUAAACAAAUGAUUUGCCAGCGCCCAGCUCCGCUGCAGAGCAUCGCCCCUUCUUUUCUAGAUCCAUCUCACGGAGCCUCGUGUGUGUGUGUAUGUGUUAGGUAGCAACGGUUGGGAAGAGAGAGCUACCGCUGUGUAUAUAGCAUGGCCGUGCCACCCCUACAGUGAAUUAGCAAUGCCCUGCCAGCUCUUCUAGCAAAGGAGGAGAUAUCCGGAAACUCCUGUAGCCGUGCUGCGCCUCUCAGGAAACUAGGUAAAUGUAAUGCUCUGCAGGACUUUCAGGGGGGGUCAGUGUGAUGCUUUCUAGUAGGGAGAGAGGGGGGGGCAGCAUUAUGCAAGGAAACCAAAAUACUUCUAGAAUUCACAGCUUCUUCCUUGAUUUUAUAACCCCCCCCCCCCCCCAGAUCCGCAGUCAUUCCUUAUAAUGUCUCUUCCACUCGGAGCCUCACGUCCCCUGUACUAAGAUGCUGAGCUUACACUCACGUACGGAGUGCCUUAGUGCAAGCGGGGCCCGGGCGCCCAAUCCCAGCUGGGGGGGACCAGGAGAGACAUGAUGAUGAUGAUGAUGAUGGAACCCGCCGCCCCUUCUCUAUUUAGAAGCUGCGGCAGAUCUAAGAUUUGAGCCCCUUUUGGUGCCGAUUGGCAACUUUUGAGCCAAAGUGUUCACCGUAGCUGGCCCCUGUAGCUCAGCGAAGCCAUUCUGGGCUGCCGGGAACGUGAGUAGCCAUUUUGUUUAACCCUUUGUAAGCGGCUAGCUGAGAGAUUGCUUUGGCAAGGAGGCAUCUAAAGCUUCAGCUCGUGUAUUGCCACCUACAAUGCCAAACCUCCGAUUCCUUCCCUGGAACAGCCGAUAUUCCAUUAUAACUCCCUUCCUUUCGUCUAUGGCCCCAGUCUCUUGUUCCGCACUCUUUCUGGUCAAAGAUUUUAUCCUUUUUCCCUUUUAUUUUUAUUUUUUUUUUCUUCUAAUUUUACAUUUUUGGUAGGAUACAGUUAAACAUCUGCUAAUAAAAUGAGAAAAAGCAAUAAAAAUGGAAAAUGUAUUUGUAUAUA